UCCUUGCGGGAGCUAGGGCCAAAGUCGGAGGACUAAGUGCGCUGGGUAGGGGAUCGACCCUGCGCUGGGAGGACUCCUCACUGCCUCAGUUUCCCUAGCAGUAGCUCUGGUGGGGAAUGGAGCACUGGGCAAACGCGCGCCUGCUCAGACGCAAUCCGUCUGCCUUUAGACGCCCCGCGCCUCCCCAAGUCUGAUCGACUCUCCUUUUCCUAAAGGACGUGCUACCUCCCAGCCUUCUAAAAUCCUGUCCUCGCGUUCGAGCCUCUCGGUGUUCUACUGGGAAGACUCAGGGCUCUUACUCCCUUCUCCAAAAUGAACUGUUCGGACUGCCGCCCAGCUUUCCCAGAGCAUUAACUGCGCAGGCGCAAGGUCUGCCAACCAGGAAAACGGAAGAAUUGGGCGCGGACGCCGACGGCGUAGGGUGGGUCGGGGGCGGAGAGUGUGUUGGCCAAUGACUUGAAGGAGUACGUGGGGCGGGUUUAGGCCCGCAGUUGCUAAGCUCUGCCCAAGUGGGAGGUGUUUAGAGAUGGGGUGAAGGGUGAUUCACAGGCUCUUCAAGUCACCAUCCUUUUGGUCUGCGGAAAUUAAACAACCAAGAGGCGGGCCUAGGACCGGAAGCAGGAAGGAGGGCGCAGGAAGCAGGGCGCCGCAGCUACUCCUACUGUCGGUCCGUGGGUCUAUCGCUGCUGAGGGCAGGAUGGAGAAGCUGCGGCUCCUGUGCCUCCGCUACCAGGAGUACGUGACUCGUCACCCGGCCGCCACGGCCCAACUGGAGACAGCAGUGCGGGGCCUCAGUUACCUGCUGGCAGGUCGAUUCGCGGAUUCGCACGAGCUGUCAGAGCUGGUGUACUCCGCCUCUAACCUGCUUGUGCUGCUCAAUGACGGGAUCCUACGGAAGGAGUUUCGGAAAAAGUUGCCUGUGUCGCUGUCCCAGCAGAAGCUGCUGACAUGGCUGAGCGUGCUGGAGUGUGUGGAGGUGUUCAUGGAGAUGGGGGCCGCCAAAGUGUGGGGCGAGGUGGGCCGCUGGCUUGUCAUUGCCCUCAUCCAGCUGGCCAAGGCUGUACUGCGGAUGUUCCUGUUGAUCUGGUUUAAGGCUGGCCUCCAGACCUCACCCCCCAUCGUUCCGCUGGACAGAGAGACCCAGACACAGCCCCCGGAUGGUAACCACAGCCCUGGCAGCCAGGAGCAGUCAUAUGUGGGGAAGCGGUCAAACCGAGUGGUGCGAACCCUCCAGAAUACUCCAUCCCUGCCCUCCAGGCACUGGGGAGCUCCCCAGCAGCGGGAGGGCCGGCAGCAGCUGCAGCAGCGCCAUGAGGAGCUGAGCCUCAAGCCUACCCCACUUGGGCUGCAGGAGACCAUCGCAGAGUCCUUGUAUAUUGCACGGCCACUGCUGCACUUGCUCAGCCUGGGCCUGUGGGGUCAGCGGUCAUGGAAACCGUGGCUCCUGUCUGGUGUUGUAGACGUGACCAGCCUGAGCCUCCUGAGUGACAGGAAGGGCCUGACCCAGAGGGAGCGGCUGGAGCUGCGGCGCCGGACUAUCCUGCUGCUCUACUAUCUACUGCGCUCUCCAUUCUACGACCGUUUCUCUGAGGCCAGGAUCCUCUUCCUGCUGCAGCUGCUGGCUGACCAUGUCCCUGGCAUUGGCCUGGUGGCGAGGCCACUCAUGGAUUACUUGCCCACCUGGCAGAAAAUUUAUUUCUACAGUUGGGGCUGACAGAUAUGCUGGGAGUUGGGCGUGGGGCAGGGCGGCAUGCUGUGCUGUGCUGGGCAGGGGGUGCCUCAGCCUGUCAGUCCCCUGGGCCCCUCUUCCCUAAUAAAACUGACUUUGGCAGUGUCCCA